AUGCCCUUCUAUAUCACUCCACAGACGCCUCUGCAAAUAAAUGAAAGUAAGAAAAAACUGCAGGAGAUGAACAAUAAAUACCGAGAAGAAAACGUCAAAACAAAGAUAGUGGGAAACAAGUUAGUCUUUCCAAACGGAGGCGUGUACCGGGACAAGGUGCUACCACCACGGGCUGAGGAUAUACUCAUGUUGGACAAGGACGAAAUCGAAAAGCUGGAUGAAUGCGAUGUAAGGAAGUGCGAAAGCGUAACAGAAGAUGGGAACAUCUUUACUUCAUUAAUCGCCGAAAUUCACACAUAUGCACAUGCUAGGAACGUUUACAAAAAUAUUCUACGCAACCCGGACUAUGCCUUUGCCAACCAUAAUAUCCUAGUAUACCGAUUCAAAGAUGCCCAAGGCCGAGUGCAUGACGGCUAUUGCGACAAUGGGGAAUACGGGGCCGGACGUCGACUGCUUCAGGUACUGGUUGAGAGAGAAGUAUCGAACGUAGCGAUUGUCAUUUCGAGGAAGAAUGGUAAACAUUUGGGUCCCCGUCGGUUUGACAUUAUGAAGGAUCUGGUGGUAAACAAAGCCGUCAGCCAUACUUAUUAA